AUGAACACAGUACAGCAUUUGGACUUACAUUGCAAGGUUUAUCACACAGCGGAGAAGCUCUCUUGGAUAUAUACCGAAUGGAUGACAGGCGAACAUGCCUGGGAGAUGCAGUCUGCACUUCCCCAUGGCGCAACUCUCCUUGGUACCAUUCUAUCCUCGGACAAGACAUGCAUUACUGCAUUGUCAGGCGACCGCAUUGCACAUCCUCUCCUUAUCAGCCUCACCAACAUUCAUAUGGACAUACACCUAAAAUCAUCUUCAAACACCUUCCUUCUUGCCGCCUUACUUCCAGUCCCAAAAUUGAGCCCCUUCAGUGACAAAUUCCGUAUUAUACGGGCCACCCGACCUACAUAA